UGUGGGAGGGUGAGGCACAGGGAUAUGGGAUAGGAAUGCGACACAGGGGCCACAGAGCCAGUGAGUUCAAGCAGUGCGCAAUGACAAUGACCUCAAGGCAUGGACUGGGAAGGACAGAGGAAGAGGGUGGGCACACUAUUUGGUGAGGGUUUCUUUUACUCCUAAGCUACAUACAGUGAAUUGUUUUAGCUGUUUCAUGUCCCCAUGGGAUGUAGGAAUAUGAUGUACAUUGAGUAGGUCCACCCAUAUUCUUCUUGGUCCAUCUCUGCUUCUGUUAUACUCCACAACUAAAUUCAAAGUUCACUAUUAACUCGUCCCUUUCAACCACGUAUAGCACAAUAGCGACAUCAUGAAAGUGUUUUGCUUCACACCACUUAUCUACUACAUUCAAACCUAGAUUAUAUCACACUGAUUGAAGGUACUACAAAGUUAGUUAGUUAGUUUCAUGUUCCAUGGAUCAUUUGCAUGAUAAAUUGUAAUCAUGUGGAAUGAGUCAUUUUAUAUUAAUAUCACAAAUUAUUUUGUAAAUAUGGCUACAUGCUGGUGAUUUACAAUUGUUUGUUUGUUUGUUUGUUUGUGUGUGUGUGUGUGUGUGUGUGUGUGUGUGUGUGUGUGUGUGUGUACACACAUGCAUGUGCGUGCACGUGCAUGCAUGUUUUAUUUGAAGUAAAAACACAUAUGGAUGUGGGUUGAUAAUACCCACUCACCACUUUUACAUAUUACAAUAAUAGAAAUUCUUCUACAGAACAGCAGGAGUUAUCAAACUUUUUCAGUUUAUUUUCAAAUUUUAUUUUGCUGUCUGUCAGAUAUUUUGUAUCAGCAGGUAAGUGAUCAAAAAUUUUGGUUGCAGGAUUGUGCACCCUUUUAGUGCUAAGGACAACCUUAAUGUUGCAAAUGAAUGUAAUUGUUCCUUUUGAACUGCAGUGGAUUACUUAUAACAUACUUCAUGAGGAAAUAAAUACUGUGAAGCAGUAGUCAGAAUGCCCAAAUAUUUAAACAGAUGUCUACAAGAUGAUUAUGGGUGUGAGCACACAGUUGCUGAAAGAAGACAUAACAUUCUUCCAGGUAUCACAACAGUGGCCACAAGGAACAAAAGGAAGCAAUUUUUCUUGCACUCGCUGUCACAACACUUACACUCACCGAAAUACUCUAUUACGUCACAUGCGAUUUGAAUGUGGUGUAGAGCCACAGUUUGAGUGUCCCAUUUGCUACAAAAGGGCAAGGCACAAGUUCCAUCUGAUUUCCCAUAUGAGAAGACAUACAAGACUAUAAUUUUCUAGAGAGAGUGUUUUUAAUUGUGUAAAAUUAUUGUAUGUUUUCUGGAAAUGUUAUGAAAUGAAACCUAAUUAAAAACUUUCACAACAGUAUGUUUCAACCAGAAUAAACAGAUUUUCAUUUAUCCUGUACUCU